CCCCGACCCUCAAUACCCCAAUGGAGCCUUCACCAAUGCAGAAAAAUGUUCUUAUCUUCCAUUGCUCUUGCUCUUCCUCCCAAGUUAAGUAAGGUGGGCGCAUACCAGCACGAUACUGCACAGUACGAGUAUUGUUCAACACUUCCCUCACCCGAAAUUUUCAACCCGUUGGCGCCACCGCAAACAGAAUAGCAGUUGCCCUCCGACGAAGGGAAUCUCUGCGCACCUUCCAAGUCCAAGACAAGUUGCCUUCCGCGCAUUUUUUUUCUUCCCAUAUCGAAAAUGGCUCCCUUGACGAAGUUUCCGAUGCCUACCCUGCCGAUCCCUACCCCUGGGUCCCCCCGUGCUCGCUGGAGGGAUGAGGCGAUACCUGCCUCCUCAACCAGUAACUCUUAUGGAUUUUUGAGUUCCUCUCAUUUUCCAUUAUCGUCCUCUAGCCCCCUUCAUUCCAAUUUCCUCUUUCUACCCUCCUCCUAUUCUCGAUCCAUUGCGCUGGGCUCCAGUGUACCAACAACGGAGGAAUCAACAGCAUCGGCAACAAUUUCGACGGAAGCGGCAGGAGUAGCUGUUGGGAAGGCCAUGGCUGCACCAGCGCUCACUGGAGGCAAUCGUUUUCCCCUAGGAGAUACCGGUAGUAGUUAUGGCAACCCUGGCACCGGUAGUGUUCCUGGAAGUACUAUUAGCACGCCGGGAAUGUCGCAAUCCUCGUCGGCUCUCAACCUCACCUCCCUCAAUUCUCCGAAUGCCCUAUCUUUGACAUCUUCUAGCUUCUCCGAGUCUUUCCCCGGUGGAGAGGUCAGUGGUAGAAGAAGAAGCGUCUCGCAGGUUGGAGCUUCAGGCGGAGUUCCUACCACAGCUACGUCACCUGUAAACGUGAUCUCAAACCCUACCACUGCGCGGACAUCCACGAACGAGGGCGUGGGCAUUCAUGUACAAUCCCCCAAUUUCUUCCCUUCUCCCCUUCAACAACAACAGCAACAACAGCAACAACAAGCGCAGACACCACAGACGCACCCACGCAGAUCCCGAUCGAGAUCCACUAUGAGUAGACAUGAUGGGACCCAACCGGUCUUCAGUCAGCAGCAACAGCAGAGGACUCUUUCUAGAUCUCCUAUAUCCCCUGGUACUCAUACCAAGCGGUCUUCAAUCUCCAGCAGCAUAACCAAUCUAACGGAUCCGGAUAGGGACAAGGAUAGGGAGAAGAAACCUCGACGUUAUGGGAGAAUUGGAGUGUGCGCCCUUGACUCCAAAGCGAGGAGCAAACCUUGCCGAACUAUCUUGAACAGAUUAAUCGAGCACGGGGAAUUUGAUACGGUUAUAUUCGGUGACAAGGUUAUUUUAGAUGAGUCCAUCGAAAACUGGCCCACUUGUGAUUUUCUGAUAUCAUUUUUUUCGACCGGGUUUCCGCUGGAUAAAGCAACGCAAUAUGUUGCCUUACGCCAACCAUAUUGUGUCAAUGACCUUCAGAUGCAAAAGAUCUUGUGGGAUCGCCGACUUGUUCUUCGUGUAUUAGACUCAAUCAAGGUCCCGACCCCCAAACGCCUCGAGGUUUCCCGAGAUGGCGGCGAAUGGAAGAUGCCACAAAAAGUUGAGUUGAGCGAAGAUGGAGAAUCGCUCAUCGUCGAUGGGAAGAGUCUCAAAAAGCCAUAUGUUGAAAAGCCAGUUAAUGGGGAAGAUCACAAUAUUCACAUCUAUUUUGCCAACGGCGGUGGGGGAAGGAGACUGUUUCGAAAAGUGGGGAAUAAGAGCUCCGAGUUCGAUCCCAAUCUCUCACAACCUAGAAUGAAAGGAUCCUUUAUUUAUGAACAAUUUAUGGAUGUCGACAACUCAGAGGAUGUCAAAGCAUAUACUGUUGGCCCUGAGUUCUGCCAUGCGGAAACUAGGAAAAGUCCAGUUGUUGAUGGUCUCGUACGUAGAAACACCCAUGGGAAGGAGAUCCGGUUUGUCACUAAGCUCUCACCUCUUGAAUCUGGUAUGGCGACUAGGAUUUGUGAGUCAUUUGGGCAAGCGGUCUGUGGAUUUGACUUGUUAAGGGUCAAUGGAAAGAGUUAUGUCAUUGAUGUCAAUGGUUGGAGCUUCGUGAAGGACAAUACGGAAUACUAUGAUCGCUGCUCCAGUAUUCUCCGGUCUACCUUUAUCAAGGCCUCUCAGGAGAAAAAUAGAGAGAGCUACAGAGACCCAGGUGCUAUGGGGCCCUCGAUAAAAUCGAAACCGGUGGCGCCUCAGCAUUCUUGGAAGUUGAAAGGCAUGGUAGCGGUUCUACGACAUGCUGACCGCACCCCGAAGCAAAAAUUCAAAUUCACUUUCCAUUCUAAACCCUUCGUGGAUCUGCUUAAGGGUCAUACCGAGGAAGUUAUACUUGUCGAAGAGGGCUUACAGGAUGUUAUUGAAGCUACUCGCCGAGCGAUUGAAGGACGCACUGAAGACAUGGAUAAGCUCACAGUACUCAAGAAUGCAUUGGAUAGGAAAGUCGGGUUUGCGGGCACUAAGGUCCAGAUAAAGCCAAUGUUCCUCCAAACAGAGGUUUUGGACAAGCUACAGUUGAUCAUCAAAUGGGGCGGUGAACCCACCCAUUCUGCAAGGUAUCAAAGCCAAGAUCUAGGUGAAUCAUACAGGAAGGAUCUACUCCUAAUGAAUAAGGAUGCGUUGGAGGAUGUUUCUGUUUUCACGAGCUCGGAGAGAAGGGUUACUACAAGCGCUCAAAUCUGGACUGGCUCUUUCCUGGAUCGUAAAAUUCCGGAUGACUUCGUGAAAGUGAGGAAGGAUCUACUUGAUGAUUCGAACGCUGCGAAGGACGAGAUGGAUAAGGUCAAGAAGAAGUUGAAAUCGCUGCUCCGUGAAGGCUCGAAACCCUCUCCGCAAUUUGCUUGGCCAAAAGAUAAUAUGCCGGAACCUUCCGUAGUGAUGCAAAAUGUUGUAUCUUUGAUGAAGUUCCAUAGAAGAGUGAUGCAUCAAAACUACAGUAGGCUUUUUGGCACUGGCGCAUCUUCAACAUCUUUGCCGUCCCUCGCUCUCUCGGGCGCACCAUUUCUCGCUCAGUCUACCGCCAAUAUUCAAUCACGCUGGUGCUGUGGUGAGGAUCCUGAGCUUUUCAAAGAACGCUGGGAGAAGUUAUUCGUCGAGUUCUGCGAGUGGGAGAAGGUCGACCCUAGCAAAAUCUCAGAGCUUUACGAUACAAUGAAAUACGACGCACUGCAUAACCGUCAAUUUCUAGAGGCGAUUUUCAUGCCUUCUGCCGCAAUGUUGGAGGCUGAUGACAUGGACACCGCCGUCCUCGACUCGAUGGAGGAUUUGAAUCCGCCUACUUCGGGAGACGUUAGGAAGUAUUCCUUUUCUCCUAGCUCCGAAGGAGAGAGGGAAAUCAUUCAACAACAGCAAAGAGGGACCAGCAAAAGGGAGCGCCUGAGCUUGCGAAGCCGAAACUUACUCAGUGGAGGAACUAGGCCUUCCUUUGAAGGGGAGGCGAGCCGUAGCUACGCCGCCACUCAAUUGAACUCCAAAUCUAAGAGUGAUGUUAGACUCUCUAAACUGCGUGAGCUUUAUCGACUUGCCAAAGUCUUGUUUGAUUUCGUAUCUCCGCAAGAGUACGGUAUUGACGAUGAAGAGAAACUAGAAAUCGGACUCUUGACUAGCCUACCGCUCUUGAAACAGAUUGUGAAGGAUUUGGAGAAUGUCCAGGCGGCCGAAAAUGCGAAGUCUUUUAUCUACUUCACGAAAGAAUCACAUAUCUAUACUUUGCUCAAUUGUAUCAUUGAGGGGGGUCUCCCAAUCAAGAUGGAACGUAACGCCAUUCCCGAGCUUGAUUAUUUGACCCAAAUAUGCUUUGAGCUUCUGGAAUCGGAAACCAAGGAUCAACCGGGAGACUCGCCUGACGAGCCAAAUACUAGCUCCUACAGUAUUCGGGUUAGUAUAUCCCCAGGGUGUCAUAGUAAGGAUCCUCUCGAUAUGCAUCUCGACGCCAAGCACUGUAUUGGAUGCGCGCCGCGCAAGAGCUUAACCAGGCACUUGGACUGGAAAUAUGUUGUCGAAACAUUAAGAGAGAAAUUCCACCGUGUCAAGUUACCUAGCAAGUUUAUCCCGAUCAACCUUGGGGAAGCAAGCCUGAAGAAGGGCACUGGAACGAACGAGGGCAAGGAGGAGAGGGACACUGGAAGGAAUGGCCUUGGGGCUAUUGGUGGCGCUGCAGGAAAACAGUCACCCCCUGAAAUGAUCAUGGAAGAGCAUCUGGAAGAGGUGGCUAUCAGGGACGAAACCGGAAACAUGAAAAACGACAACUAAGCAUAGAAAAUGAGCACCCUUCUAAUUUCUUAUCGCCUGUGUAUGGGCCAUCGGGGGUGCCUUGGGGUCAUUAAUUGAGGCACUUAAUCGUGCGCAUGAACAGCUGGGGUAGUACUUCCAUAGACGGCUGAUUUUGUAUUUAACCUUAAUAUGGAAUGAACGAGGGGUUUUUUGU